AUGGUUGACAUACGCCACGGCGACCACCGGCCCAUCCAGACGAGUGCUGUGAUUGUGCUGGGCGCUUCGAAAUGCCAAUCAAUUCCACCGCCGUCUCCGCCAACUCCUUCAGCCUCACCGUCGGCCAAAGAGAUAGGUGACCCUGUGGAUGGCUUCAGUCUGGAUACAGAAUCUACGCGAGAGCAAUCCAUAAUGGACAGGAGACUCCACAGUGGCAUCCAUGUUUUAAACACCGAGGCCGCGGCGCUGGCAAAUCUCACAAAGCUGUACGAGGUUGAUGCAAUUGCCCGAGCUGGGUUCAAUGCCUCCAUCAAGGCUAUUACCCGACUGGCUAAGACCAAGGGAAAGCUAGUAAUCAUGGGAGUUGGCAAGUCUGGCCACAUUGGAAAGAAGCUGGUCGCUACAUUCCAAAGCCUGGCGAUUCGCUCGGUGUUUCUUCACCCUACUGAAGCUCUUCACGGAGACCUAGGCAUUGUGGGUCCGGAAGACACGCUGUUGUUCAUUACCUACUCUGGAAAGACUCAGGAGCUUCUUCUAACGUUGCCUCACCUGGACGAGAGGCUCCCUACAAUUCUUCUCACUUCUCACAUGAGACACGAUACUUGCGAGUUUGUCAAGCAUCGGCCCAACACGAUACUGCUCCCAGCGCCGAUUCCAGAGCCGGAAAAUGUAUCAUUUGGGGUUUCGGCACCAUCAGCAUCAACAACAGCUGCUCUGGCAUUGGGAGAUGCGUUGGCCAUCACAGCCGCUCACGAGCUUCACCCGUGUGUCUCGACAAUGUUUGCCAAGAACCACCCUGGCGGUGCUAUUGGUGCUGCAGUGGCAUCUGCGGCCCGAGGUCCGCAGACUAUAGGUCACAUUUCAGUCCCAUGGGACGAGAUUGACGUUGCCGAUGGGCUGACCAGCGACGAUCUUGCAUCGAGUUUGCUCCGGGCAGCGUACAAGUCUAAAGCGGGCUGGGUUAGAGUCGGCGACGAGAUUGCAGUCCCGAGUAAGAUUCGAGCGUUGAGUGACGCAGACAUGGUGAGACCUAUCAAAGAGGUCAUGGGCAUCACGGUGUCCCGCCAACAGAUGUUGGCCAUGUCGUCGGAGACAACGGUCCGCCAGGCGCGAGACAUAUUGGGAGACAUGCAGUCGCCUCAAAUCGAAGAGCAAGAACAAGCAAUCGGCGGAGCUGGAUCGGUCAUUGCAAUUACCAGCAACGGGAGCAUUAUCGGCGUUUUGGAGGUUGAGCAAGUCCUUGAAUAUCAGGACGCAUGAAAACUUGACAAAGAGGAGGAAAGGGAAAAGGAAGGCUUCAUGACGAGUCCACCUCAAUCAUUGUGUAACAAUGUGGUAAUCAGGUGUCAUUUUUUUAGGGCGGCAGCAUGCAUUUAGAGGAACCUUCGUUAAGGUUAUUUUGAGCGAUACCAGGCCACGCAAGAGUCGAUUGGGUAUUACCAUCCCCACCAUAUGUAUUUACGAAUAGCUGCAGGCUUUAUUGAUUCAACGUGCAUAUACUACUAGGCAUUAUAUUACAACAAGGAGGCCAACUGGCAUUAUCAGAG